AUGCUGGGAUCAGAAAGAAAGCGGUGCAAUCAGAAACCACACAAUGUCUUGGGUCUGGAAGCCCACAUCAGCAAAACCUCUUCAUUCAGUGAUUUGCACUUUACACAGUAUUCAUUCCCUAAUGUUCAAUUUCACUUAGCGGCCGUGAUCAAUGCUGAAACUGACUGCAUGUUGGUUCUGUCUAAGAACGACGAAGGGCUACCACGAAAAUCACUCUGUGUGCAUUGGCUGAACAACAAAGAACUAGGAUUCAGCAUGGGGGCCGAAAAAUUGCUCGCAGAAGUUGUUCAGUCAGAAGGUUAUCCCAUCCAAAGUAAGUUUGAACCCUCAUAA